AUGACCUCCCUUUACAAUACGGUCGGUUGGAAGACAUCUUCCAUGCAAGAUCUGAAAGACCAAACCAAGAAACUACAGCGUGAAAGCGAUUUGAGGAAACUGCAAAACACAAUAAGAGAUAGCAUAAGCGAAGGCAUUAGGGCUCAAACUGUCAAAGAGGGCAUCAGUCUCAAGAUCGAGAACGAAGACGGCCAAGUUUUCUUCCGCCCAAACGGCACUUUAAAGUGCAAUUCAGCACUAAACAUUGAGCUGAAGAACAAAGGCUUCAAUGGCAAGAUCUACGUGGAACCGGGCGCCUCAACCUGGUUCACAGGUGGAUGGGCUAAAGCGCUCGUUCUAGCGGGAACGGUAUACCUGUACCGCAAUGAACUUCGCAUCAUCGGUCGAGGUGUGCUGGCUGGAGCGAAUCUAGCUAUUGAGCGAUGGGAGCAACGUCAGCGACAAAAGGAUGGUGAUGUGAAAGGGAAAGAAGUAGAAGAGGAGAAAGAGCAAGGAAAGGAGGAGGAUAUGAUUCCUGUCACGCCGACUGAAGAGGAAGACAUCAACCAAAAUGCCUCCAUAUACCCUCCUCCCCCACCACCCGUACAGCCACCCCACACCGUCAGUGGAUUCGACGCAGACCUGGACACGCCAACCUCACCCCAGAGCCUACGUUGA